CUUUAUUGUCCCGCAUGGCUGCUUGCAGCAGCGACACAUCAAAACAGAAUUAUCCAAUUAAUAAUGAAUUUUCUAUUCAAUUGAUCCGCCACCUUUAUUUUCUCAAUUAAUCAAUUAAAUAUUUAAGUUGUUAUCAAAAACUGUGGAAAACAUAAAAUAUAUUAUCUUAGAGCCCAAAUUUGACUUCAUCAAGUGUUUUGUUAUGCCGAACAGUCUAAACCAGGGGUGCUCACACUUUUUCAGCAUGCGAGCUACUUAUAAAAUGACAAAGUCCAAAAGAUCUGACUUUAACAGUUGGUCAAUUGUCAAAAAGCUUCUAAUUUAUUGACUAAAUUGCUCCCUUAUGUUUCCCUUUAACUCCCUUUAACUUGGAUUAUGGCUAACUGACGGCAACAAUAAAAAGGUUUUGUAGUGUCAACAACCAGUUGUGCCAAUAGAUUAACUAGUCGUAGUAAACAGUUGAUGCACAAGGAAACACACAGGACUCAGUUUGAGGACACCGAUAUGUAGGUGUCUGUUUGACUCCUGUUUAGAUGGACGGACUUAGUGUUACCCCAUACAAGACCAGGUUAGAUAUUGGGGAACGUCCCAUCAGGACUCGAUGAGUCAUGACGAGCUUAAUCUUGUAAAUCCACUCCCCGUGAUUAUGCUCCUUUAGGCAGAAGGACUGCAGGCCCUGCCAUGUCGACACUACAACGGCACUUCCUAAGCACCUGAUCAAGAGUCAAACCAAACACUACUGACACUUGCACUACAUUUAAUCAUCCUGUAAAAUGUUGUCUGGACAGGGAUGUUCUUUGCUGAACAAUGAAUGCAUGUACAGUGCAACAACAUGUAAUGUGGGUUGACUGGUUUUCACUGUUGCAUAUUGCAGAUGUAUAUCUGGCAUUUGGCAUCCUUUCAUCUUUUCACAUGCUGCUUAUUUUUGAAAUUAAAAUGUAAUGACCCUGACAUGACUCAAAAUUCAAGCUUUGAAACUAGUUUGAAAAAUGUAUUAAAAUAGCACUAAAGUGUAUCCUUAAAGCACUUCUCCCUUCUGCUUCCUUAUUAGGUCAAGGAGAGUGGAUCUAUUAAAUAGGCUAAGUGGAAUACUCUAUCUGACUGGACUUAGAGCCUCGUCUGACAGUAGCUUAGAUCCUAGUUGGCUUAAGACAGGGCCGGGAUGAUGACGUUGCUAAAGGAUCUGAAAAAUAGAUUAUAGAGUGUGAGUAUACUGUACGGUUGCAUGUGAUAGGUCAUACUGCUGAAGUUUGCAGAGCUGUUUAGUGGUUUCAGGGAGUUUCCCUAUCACACAGGAGGGCUAAUGGACACAUACUGCAGUUAUACAGGGCGCUCCAGAGGGAACACAGACAUAUGUAUCACUGCCUGUUGAUAAUCCUGCACAUAGUAGUUGUUAUCUAUCCUCAAGUCUUUGGCUUCAUUUCGUAAACAUGAUAAUGUUAUAAUUAAUGAUAUGUCAAAAAAUUUAUGUAGAAUUGACCGUAGAUGUGGACAAUUUUGUCAUAUAGAUUUGUGUCAUGAUAUGAGACUUAGCUAGAGCUACAAUCAACAAUUAUUUAUGGUAAUCAAUAUAAAAUGAAUUAAUUUCCUAAAACAUAAAGUAAUAUCGUUCUAUUUCAUUCUAUUUUCUGACAGUCUGAAACCCAAAUAUAUUCAGUUUACUAUCACAAAAGACAAAAACAAUCAGCAAAUUGCCACAAUUGAGAAGCUAUAACCCGUUUUGCAUAAUUGCCUAAACAUGUUUAAUCAGUUAUUAAAAGAAAAUAUUGAUCCAACUAUUUGACUAAAUAAACAAAUUGACCAUAAUAUUGUAUUAUUGAGUAGUUAAACACGGGCUGAUGACUCUGCUUGCCCUGCCAUCAAUUGAGCACUUUAACCGCAGCAAUGCAACAAUGCUUUCCUCCAAACAUGAUUGAUCUUGGAGCUGCUGUUCAUUAUGAAAGUAAACACAAUGAAUCUUACUUUUUGUUCAUUAUAUCCAUAUUUCUUCUAUCUGUUUUCACAUGUUCUUGUUUGUAAAUACCACAUCCUCUGAAUGUUAUCCCCAAAUGUCACAUCAUCAACAUUGAGGUAUUUGAUUAAACAUAAUGUGCUAUUUGUCCUUCUAAAGGUCCAAUAAAAUCCUCACUAUCUCACCAAGUGUCCCAUUUUUUAAUGCAAACUAAAUUGAACAGGGUUUGUUAUUCUGUCUGUUUUCCACUAUCUUGCAAUCAAUGUGUGUGUUUUCAGUGCUGAGACCCCCUGAGAGCUGAGACAAUUACACAGCACCACUGCAGGCAGUAUUGUGGCUCUGAGCAUGGAGCAACACAGUACCAUGACUAAUGACGAAAACGAGCACUCCCCCUCCAUCUUGCUUAGCUGAACAUAAGAUAAGGUUAACCAGAAUUGUGUACAUUUUCUGCAGCGGAGGCGGUGAGUAUGGUCAAUUUGAUAAAGUGAUCUGCCACAAUUCCUGACUGUAAACAGAGUAAAGGGUUGCAACCAACGUAUAAUCUGCAGAUUAUGUUCUUUAGUCUUAUUUGCUCUGUAAAACAUCAGAACAUUGUGGAAAAUGCCACUGAAAAAGAUUCUAGAGCCCAACGCUAACACCUUCAGGUUUCUUUUUUCACUAAAUAUCCAAUUUACUUGAAGACAAACUUUAAGACAAAGAAGAGAUGCAAAUUCUCCCAUUGGAGAAUGACAAUUCUUUUGGACUUCCUCCACCAACCACAUAGCAAACAAAAUAAAAAGGCUUAUCCAGUAUAAUCAGGAGUAUCUUAACUGAGCAUCUGUGAGUUGGAUUACUAUUUUGAAAUUGAUGGAGGAUAGUUCAGAAAGCUUGGGAAAGGCCAAGAAACUCAUUUAUUUCAAGGAGUGAACUAGCCUAGGAGUCGCUUGACGAAUGAUAGUGCGGGGAGAGAAUGAGGAAGGCAAAGUAGAUGUGGUCAUGUAACUUCCGGACCUUUUUGUUUUUCAGAUGAACAGCAAGCAGUGAGUGUGAGAAACCUUCAGAGGAUGCUCCUGGUCUGCGGGGCUCAGUGUUGAGGGAGGUACACGGAGCCAACUGGUGCCCACCAUGUCUCACCACCAGCACUACCAGCGAGGCCCUCACGGCCGCACCAUGAGCUCUGAGGAUAGGAGCUCUCCGCCAGUAAACAAGACCUCCACGCCGGUUCACAAGAGCGCCUCCUCCUCCUCCUCUUCCCAGCGCGACAGUCGGCAGGAGGCAGACAGCUGGGAAAUCAUUGAGGGGCUGAAAAUCGGCCAGAGCAACGUCCAGAGGCCUGAUAAACACGAGGGUUUCAUGUUGAAGAAGCGGAAAUGGCCCCUGAAAGGCUGGCACAAGCGUUUUUUUGUCCUGGACAAUGGUAUCCUGAAGUACUCCAAGUCCCCUCUUGAUAUCCAAAAAGGCAAACUUCAUGGUAGCAUCGACGUUGGCCUCUCGGUCAUGUCCAUCAAGAAGAGAGCCCGUCGCAUCGACCUGGACACUGAGGAGCACAUCUAUCACCUGAAGGUCAAAUCUCAAGACAUCUUUGAUGCCUGGGUGUCCAAGUUGCGUCAUCACCGGCUUUACCGGCAGAACGAGAUUGUGCGAUCUCCCCGGGAGGCCACCAUGCGAACGUUUCCUCCCCCAGCUGCCCAGGUGUCCCCCAAACCUGCCUCGAGUGUGGCGCGUGAAGCCCAGCAGGUCAAGCCGAGCAGUUUGCCGUGGCGGCCGGUGGCCCCCAGCAGCAUCAGCAACAGCAGCCUGCCCGCCUCCUACAGUAACGGCCAGAGCAAGGUGGUCGCGUGGCUGCAGGAAUCUGAGGAGAUGGACAAGUGCUCAGAGGAGCUUGCACGCUGUCAGUCCAAUCUGACUGAGCUGAGUCGGCUAUUGCAGAGUUUGGAGAUUCUCCAAAGGACACAGUCAGCACCCAACUUCACAGAGAUGCAGACCAAUUGUGUAGAAUUGUCAAAGAAAGAAAAGCGCUUGAACAGAAGAUGGAGAACAAAAAGUGUCGGCAAAGACGCAAAAUUCCAGCUUCAGGUCCCUCUGUCUGCCAGCAUGUCCCCCGUCCGUCUCCACUCAUCCAACCCCAACCUGUGUGCCGAGCUGGUGGACUUUCAACCCCCUGUCUCCCGCCUGACAGACGGUGUCGAGUGUGCCAGUGACUACAUUAAACUUCAGGAGGAAUUCUGCACAAUUGCCCAGAACGUCCACUCCCUGCUGAAGUCGGCCUUCAACACAGUCGCCAUAGAGAAAGAAAAGAUCAAACAGAUUCUGUCUGACCAGGAGCAGUCAGACCAAUCAGCCCAGAUCAACUCUCUCAGGAAGUCUCUGUCACAGGCCCUGUCCCAAAAUGCAGAACUUCGAACCCGACUCAAUCGCAUUCACUCUGAAUCUGUCCUGACUGAACGAGUUGUCAGUGUGAACAUCAUCUCCACGCCGGAUGAGACUGGAGAACAGAUGGGGAUCCCUCUGACUCAGCAGGCCUCUAAUGAGAGCCGACUUUCCAUGUCGGAGUCUGUCUCUGAGUUCUUUGAUGCCCAGGAAGUGCUUCUGUCCGCCAGCUCGUCAGAGAAUGAGGGCUCAGACGAUGAGUCAUAUGUCAGCGAUGUGAGCGAUAACAUUUCAGAGGACAACGCCAGUGUGACUGAUAACGUCUCCAGACAAAUGGCCAACGGAGACUUUGCUGGCAGUGCCUUCCGGAACGGCCGGCGAAGCUGCCUGCCGGCGCCGUGUCCCGACACCAGCAACAUUAACCUCUGGAACAUCUUGAGGAACAACAUCGGCAAGGACUUGUCCAAAGUGUCCAUGCCCGUGGAGCUCAACGAGCCCCUCAACACCUUGCAGCGUAUGUGUGAGGAGCUGGAGUACAGCGAGCUGCUGGACAAAGCCGCCGAGACCGAGGACCCCUUUGAGCGCAUGGUUGUCGUCGCUGCUUUCGCCGUCUCCGGCUACUCAUCCACUUACUACAGAGCAGGAAGUAAGCCAUUCAACCCGCUACUCGGAGAGAGUUAUGAAUGUAUUCGGGAAGACAAGGGCUUCUGUUUUUUCUCGGAACAGGUGAGCCACCAUCCUCCCAUCUCUGCCUGUCACUGUGAGUCGAAGAACUUCACCUUCUGGCAAGAUGUGAGAUGGAAAAACAAGUUCUGGGGGAAGUCGAUGGAGAUAUUACCAAUCGGGACUGUGAAUCUCGUGAUUCCCAGGUUUGGAGAUCAAUAUGAAUGGAACAAAGUCACCACCUGUGUGCACAACAUCCUCAGUGGACAGCGGUGGAUCGAACACUACGGGGAAAUCACCAUCAGAAACACGAAGAGCAGCGCUUGCCUCUGCAAACUUACUUUCGUGAAGGGAAACUACUGGAGUUCUAAUGUGAAUGAGGUUCAAGGAUUUGUGAUGGAUCAAGAAGGGAAAGUGAUCCACAGGCUUUUUGGGAAAUGGCACGAGGGCCUUUACUGUGGCGUCCCGCCCUCCGCCAAAUGCAUCUGGAGGCCAGGCUCGAUGCCGACAGAUUAUGAGCUGUACUACGGCUUCACCAGGUUUGCCAUUGAAUUGAAUGAACUUUGCCCCGUGUUGAAAGAUGUUCUGCCCCGAACAGACGCCCGAUUCAGGCCUGAUCAAAGGCAUCUGGAAGAGGGGAACUUAGUGAUGGCAACCUCAGGCAAGCAGCGCAUUGAGGACCUGCAGAGAGUCCGGAGGAAGUGGAACGAUGAGAACAACAUCAAACUGGAACCCCGCUUCUUCAAGAAAGUGUUUGAUGCCCAUCACAGGGAGAGGUGGGUCUCCAACAACACGUACUGGGAGCUUCGCAAAAACCCCGGCUUCAUCAAUAUUGAAUCUACGAUGAACCUGUGGUAGCACACGGAUUGCCAUGUCCAUCUUACCUUUAUCGCAGGACAGGACGGCUGUUGCCUAUGCACAAUAAGGUGUGAAAAGAAACAUGUUACGAUAAACAUCCGCGUGCAGGGAAACGAGCGACGACGGCCCGAUGCCCGGCUACCCUGCCGAGGUUCUGUGGCACUGCCACGCGGUCAUCCAUCCAUGGAAACAUCCUGUAGGAUCACCUUCAUUGUGCUUGUGGAAGCUGGGUUGUCAGGGCAACAAUCAUACCACUCCUAUGUAGAUCUUUCCGCCGCUCCUUUGACUUCCGAGUAUGUCCUUGCCUUAAAAAGACACCCGUACAAGUCACAUGAUUUAGCACUUUUUUGUUGAAGCCAUUUGAUUUCUGACAGCAGUUUUGGGGUAGACUAGUCUAUGAAGUAGACCUUUUGAUUACCUACGAUAUCUAUUUGCAUGUUUAGAGCAGCUUUCACUGGCAUAAAGCCGCAUUUACUUCAUCAUCAAUCAUGGUAGAACAAAGGUAUUUUUAUAAAAUAUCUUGGACUCAGAAUUUAGUGAAAUAGCAUUAUGUGAAUUGGCAGAUUUUUAUUUAUUUUUGCCUUUUUAAUACUGUUGAAUCUCUGUGAUAGCAGUACUUUCUCUCGGGAAACAACUAAUUAAAAAUAUAUCUCAACUGCGGCAGUCAGGGCGGCGCUCUAAGCUGAUCAGUGUGGAAGGAGAAGUUGGGAUCCAAAUGUAAAUCCCAUCCCAGCGCGUUGGACGUGUGAUGCAGGAGACAACUACAACUUUCAAUGUUUUCUUUGAAGCGGUCCACACAGAUCUCUCAUGGAGUCCAGUUUGGCCUCAGUGGAGAUUCUGUGUAAAUAGAGGGCCAACCUCCCCAGCCCCACUGGCUAAGUUUAAACAUUGUUACAUGAAACCACCUCCUUUGUAUCACAUGGUUACAUAAAUACACACAGAGCUCCCUCCAUAAAUAGCAGACCAUUUAUAAAGGACAUAAAACACUUCUAUAAAUCAAAGGUCAGAUGAUGUGUACAGGUUGUAAAGCCCUCAGACACUUUAUAUGUAAACUUGACAGUGAAACAUGAGGAAAACAUAUUUUGUAUUGAAACAAAUGUAAUAAAUGUAAAUUAUUGUUCUGAAUAACCAAAAAUUGAAAAUGAGAUGAAACAAAACAAAGAAACUAUUACCAUCAACUGUUUGGUAUUUUUGGUAUUUUCCUUGAUCGAAUACCUACUUUUUAAUCAGUCAUAAAAAAUAUAUUUAUUAAUUAAUUCAUUAGUUCAUUAUGUCAGCACUCCCGAAACUCAUUCAGCCAAAGAUAUAAAGUUACUCCAAUAUAAAAACAUCAGAGCCACCUACAGGUCACGCCAUGAAAAUGCCGUAUCAGUAUUCUGGAGAUCAAAAAUACAAAUAUUCCCUGAAAUGUUUAAAGCCAAACAAGUUUAUACAGUAACAACUUUACAGUUCAAUCAUUAAAAUGUGUGUGAUUCCCCAGAGACCGUACUGCUACUUCCUGGGCUCCUGCACAGCACCAGUUACCUAUUUGCCGUUUGUGUAUUUAUUGCGAAGCAGAUUAGUUUAAAUGUUUUAACUACUGUCCCCCUUUUGCGUUACGGAGUUAGAAAAUCUGAUUUAAAUCUAACCACAUUGUCCACACCUUGUGUAUGAACACAUUUGAGUUGAUUCCCCUCAUACAGGACCGCCGGGGAGGACACCGGAGGAAGGAAAAGAGGGAAUAUAAAUCUGUGGAAUGAAAACUAUGUGGAGCAAAUCCAUGGUGUGUGUGUUCAUCUGGUGUAGAUCACAAACCAAAAAGGUCGAACUGCUUUGCAUCCACACCUUUUAUUUUGUUAUGUACUUAAUGUGAUUUUAAUUUAAUCCCGAUCACUCAAUGCUAGAAGUUGUCAGCGUCGGUUUCACUUGCUGUGCCUUAAAGCAUUUAUUAAUGCCUCACACACACACACACACUACUGAGAAUAAUCCCCAUGCAGAGAAGGUAUGCCAUCAACAAACAUGAUCCGGUCUCCACCUGCUUCUGAUGCAUUGUACCCAGAGCGUUGAGGGCUUAGCUGGAGGCAACAUGUCUCGUCUGGUCCUAUCGGGAGACGGGGCGACUAAAAUGCUGGCAGAUAGUCUGCACUGCUCUGCUCCUCCGACAUGUAACCAAUAGGUUAUCACUGUAAAUACAGCACAUUUAGGAGAUGGGUCACUUCCUCUUUCCUCUUUCAUCAGUGAUUUUUGUUGUUGACGAGACUGAAUCCCAACUGUUGUGUGAAGAGGUCACAGCAAUGCUUUGCGUCGUGUUUUGUGUCAGUCUGACUAAAAUGAAAAAAAUAAUAAUGAAAUCCUCUUCAUGCUUUCUUCAUCCACUGUUGCACCUGCAUGUCUAGACAACUUAGCCUGCCAAUGAAUAUUGCAGAUGCCUUACCAAAAAAAAAAGAACUAUGUUUUGGUUUAAUUGGACUUUUUGUUUUGCUUUGGACUGACAUGUGACCCAAAGCAGUGUCGGCUCAGUUUCUUUCAAAUCUAUUUCCUGAUGGGUACCUUCUAAAGUGCAAUUUUAACAAAGUACAUAUCUUUCCAUGAACACUGUACACUGCUGCUACAUAGUGCUUGUUCUAAUAAAACUCAACGGAU